AAAAUAAGUCAAACAAGACUUUCGUUUUUUAGGUUUUCGCGAAUAAUAAAUUAUUUAUUUCAUAAUUGUCAUGUAUUUGUGCUUUAUUACUUUUACUUUACAGUAUAUAAAUCAUAAGAAGUGCUAUUUAAUAAAUUAAAAUGGAAGUUUCUGGUGGUGCCGAGGAAGGUUUCGUGAGGGAAUGGGCCCCUUGUUCGCAUAUUUUAAAUUUAAUUCCGCCUAGGAUACAGACUGGGAUAUUUUCGAACGAGCUGUGCCUAACAUGUGUGGAUGCGGUGAGCGAGUACAUAGCCCUGGGGACCAACGUUGGGCUGGUGUAUUGGUACGAUCGGAAGAAAGGCAACAUUCAAAGACUGCGUUGCGAGGCAUCAACAUCUCCCAUAACGUAUGUGAAGAUAGUUAGCACAGUGGACUAUAUGGUGGGUGCAGGCAAUGCUGCCGGCCAGGUCAAUGUUUUCCAAAUACCUAAGGAGCAUCCCGAGAAUGUACCUGAAACAUUUAAACCUAAAGUUGAACCCAAAGUUGAAAGAUACACAAUAGGAGAUUUACACAAAAGUAAAAUUACAGCGAUAGAGUGGUCCAAAAACGGAAUGAGACUGUUUUCCGGCGACAAGAACGGCGUCAUUAUUAUGACUGAAAUAGAUUUCUAUAUGCACCUCUGUAAAUCAAUGGAGAUUGUGAACGAGGAACACGAGAUAGUACAGAUGAGUUACUAUCAGAACAGCUUGUUGGUAUCGAGUAUGUAUCGGACCAUCGUCUGCGAGCGACGCGACGGACGCUGGCAUGUCAACCAGCUUGGCAAGAAGGAACGAAAGAGCCUGUGUGCCCUGGGCGCAGUGUUCCAGUACUCGUACGCACGCGGCGGACCCGUGGCGGCAUACUGCGCCCGCCCUGGACUCAGGCUGUGGCGGGCAGACACACAGGGGAACGUACUGCAGACACUACUGUUUAAGGAAGCCAUAUCAAAUCCGUUGACAGUAGCUGAAUUAUUAAACCCCCGGCAACAAAAGCCGUCACCGACCGGUCGCGAGUACAACCUGGGUCCACUACACGUGUUCCGGGAACAUUUCCUUGUCUCACACAACGAUCAGAUCCUCUACAUACUGGACCCUCGCUCCCUCACCGCUGUAGCUGUCGUUGAUGACUUCAGAAAGAUCCUGUCAGUAUCGGUGCACAAGGACGAGGUGUGGGUACUGGAGGGCGCGCGCUCAUUGGUCCGCCUCGCGCAUGCGCCCGAGCCCGCUGUCCGCGCCGCAGAGGAGCCAAUAAACUUGAUGACGAAAUCGCUGACGUCAUCGAUCCAGCAGGCAGUCAAUUCAGUCCGCGACUUCACACACAUAGACCAGACGGUGCCCUAUAUAUCCAGCGUAUUAGAACAACCUAUAUCCAUGUUCACGAAGAACGAGAUCAUUGAGACCGGGACCGUAGCUAGUGCUGAGGAGUGCUUCGAACUCCCUCCCAUCAAACAUCUCCCCCACGACCUCUCGGAGAACGUUCUAGAGUCCAUAGUAAACGAGUUCAGAGAAGUGUCCAGUGAUGCUGAGGAAAUCAGACGAGUGAAGACCGAGGAGUUGCAAAGGAAGUUGAAGUUGUAUAAUAGUAUAAUGGAGAAGAAGUAUGAUGGGGAGUUGAUACAUAGUAGCAGGCGCAGUAGGCGGAGGGAUGGCGGGUCCGGUGGUAGUACGCCGCGCAUGGCUACCCCGGUCAGGAAGGCAGAUAAUGUCAGCUAUAAUAGCUCCUGUGUCAUGAAUAUUAGUACUUGCGGGACCAUAGCACAACCGAACGACGAACUACUAGAGAAGCAAAUAGAAGAGAAGGAGAAGAUACUAGCGAAGAUGUUGAACCUAGAGUCACUCAGUAUAAAUAGUCCAAAGCUGGACACGGAGACACCGCCGCCACCAGCGCCCACCUUCAGGCACAUCGACAUACAACCCACCGAGGUAACGCCCAAACACAUCCCUAAACCAAAAACACCAAUAAAGGACCCAAGCCCUAUAGACUUAGUGCCCAAAGUCGUACAACUACCUAACACGUGGAACUUAGAGAACAUAGAACUGAAAUUGGAGACAAAACAAAAUGGCUUCAAGGACCACUCGCUUCUAUCUCCAGACGACCAUUUAGAUAGCGAAUGGGAAAUAAUCUGAUACAGAAUGAUGUCUAAAUCUGGUUUGUUUUAUACACUGUGAAGUUGUACGUAUAAUACCAGAUUUGGUUGUGCAAUCCAAAAGUUGUGUGGACCGAUUGUACUUAGGACUCAUUUUAUAUUUAUUAUGGGUCAAAUAAUUGAAGUUUUCUGCUAAAAUACAUGUGCACUUUGGAAGCAUAAAUAACAUAAGCUGUUAGUUAUAUCAAUCACGCUAUAAAUUCUCAAUAGUGAUUAAAGGUAGAUUUCUUUCCUAAUUAAGGUGUAAUAAUAUAGAUACACAUUACACACGUAGGUAGAUACCUAUCUUGUGUUUUUAAUAAAUGCAAUUGUGAUAUUUGAUAAUUUAGUUAUGGUUAACACGAUAUUUGAUGCUUAUUUUGCAACCAGGCAAGGAUUGUGCAACCGCUAAAUAUAACGACGUAUGAAUAGUUGUAUUUCUCAAUAAAUAUAAGUAUGUGUCAGCAAUGUCAUCCUACACCGCAAUGUUUAGCUUAUGUGUUUUUGAUACAUGCUAUUUGUAUAAAUUUUGUUACAUUGGCAAUUAUUGUAAUUAAGUGUAAAAAGUAUUACUAUGUACGAUCACAAUUUUAUUUAGGUAAUACGGAUAAAGUUUUUCUUAAGUUCAAUUUAUAUAUUCUAUCGUAAUAACAUUUGUCACAAAUUUGAUGAGACAUAUUUAUGAAGCAGCUGUAGAUAUGAUGAGAUUAGAAACUAUAGGUUUAUUAAAACAAUGCAAAAAGAAACUAAAAUAUUUAUCACUUAGGUAGGUUUUUGUUCGAUUUUAUUCGAAAAUGGUUGGAUCGAUUUUGAUUUUUUUGACGACAACUCCAUACAAUCGUUUAUGUUAAUGAUUUCGGCCGUAAGUGAAAGGUAAUCGAUUUCUAAAAGUAGAUAUUGCUCUCGACAAAUGCAUUUAUAAUUAGGUUACAGACAGUAAUGGCAAUAUCAAUGUAAUAUCAGAUAAAUGUAAUAGUUUAAUUAUAUCCCUGAUACAUAGUCAUAGUUUGUAAUUGAAAGAACAAUUUAUUCUAGUAUUUCUUUGUAAGUUUGAAGAUAGCAUUACUUUUGAGGCUUAUAUUUAGGUGUUAAGUGUGCCCUUACUAUGAUAAUAUAUAGGAACUUUUUUGUCAAUAUAAUGGCAUUAUACUUUAAAAAAGGUCUAUACUUUAAAAAGGUUUCAUGCAAUUUAUAAAUCACUUUUAUACAAGGAUAAUUUGUAUGAUACAUAGAAUGUUUAGUUACAUAAGAAACAUUUUUUAACAUUGCUCCAUGGUAUUCUCUUGUGUCAUGGGUGUAAAUACAAGAUUUGGAUUUAACUCGUCGAGUACCGUCAUUAUAGACACAAUUAUAGAACAAUAGGUUGCGGUCACCGGUGUCCGCUUAUUGUUUGACAGUUUAAUCUGAUCACACCAAGAAUUGUUUCGUAGGGGAAUAGAACGAAUACGUCCAACCUACCAACAAUCCGACCAACCAAACCAGCUACUGCGCCAACCGAGCAAUCAAUAUGAUCAUAUUUACAUCACAUCAACAGCCUUAGAAGUGGCCACUGCUGACCAAAGACCUCUUCUCACACGG